AUGUCUUCGCCGACCGGAGAUGCGCCUAGUUCACCUCAACCACCAAAAGAGCUGCCAAUGGCCGAGUUUGUGCUUCCAAAGCUUCUGCGCAAAUAUGAAGACGCUCUGACGCUGUUAGACGAUGCUGCUGGCACAAGACCCGUAGUCUCAUCGUCGGUGGAAAGAUUACCGCCUCCUAAACGCGCACGGACAAGUCUAUAUUCAACGUUGGCCAAGUACGGGAUUGGAACGUCGGUUGACCACAGCAAAAAUUCCUCACUCUCGAACCUUCAGCGGGUCAUUCAACGAGCCAAGUCAGUCGCGAGUGGGAGCGGUACCAUUACAGAUGCUUCAUCACAUGUAAAUGAAAAGCUGGCGACCUAUGAUCCCGACUCUCGCGAAGAAUUCUUGAAGCGAUUGCAGACGUUCAAGUUGAUCACCUAUUCGCCCAAACCCACUGAAAUUGACGCAGUGGCAGCUGCUCGUUGUGGUUGGUUCAACGAAGGUGGAAAAGAGAGCUUGACGUGCAAAAGCUGUAAAGUCGUAUGGACAAUGCCAUCUCUUCACAACGUGAGCAAAGACCAGUCAUCGAUUUACUCCAUGGAGAUUCCAGCCCCCGCGGCACUGAGUGCCACAGUCCUCCAGCACGCGAGUGAACUUCAGACAGCUGCCAGCCAAAUUUCAGUCAAGCAUCCACUUACAUCACAUCAGGUCAGCCUCUUGUUGUCAGCGGUAAACUCGGCGCAGGCAGACUUGAUGCGGAAAGCAGUCUCUGCAGAAAGUUCUUCUCUUUCAAUGUCCCAGAUGCCAGAAGAAUCGGCAAUUAUCGUCGCAUUCUUCGGAUGGAGUCUUUUCUCCCCGGUUUCCCGAUCGACAAAUGUCUCUGCGACAGCAACCCCCUCCGGCCUCAGUACUCCUGGCUCUGGUUCUGGGAGGGCAAUGGUCAUGUGCAAACUCUGUGCGCGUCAAGUUGGACUUUGGUCGUUUGCUUCUGGCACUCUGCCGCAAUCUCCCAGUCCUAACGGUGGACCACCCGCAGCGGCGCGAAGUUCCGUCACCCGACAGUUUGACGUCCUCAAAGAGCACCGGCCACAUUGCCCUUACAUUGUAAAGACGACCUAUCUACCCUUGAUGACCCUACCCGGUGUUCGCUCCCAAUCGCAAGAUUUGUUGGAGCCGCUGCCAUUCGUCGAGGGUUGGAAGGCCCUGAUGAGCGUAGUCUCGCGCUCUCAAUGGCGUAAGAGUUCUGCGAGUGUUUUGCGACCGACAGCAUCCUCUGCUAUCCCUAUAUCACCGAAGAGUGGUCUGGAAGGGUUGGAUGCAGACCAAAGUGGGGAAAGCCAGGUCGACGACAUUCUCAAGGACGUUAAAUCAAGACACGGAGGUAAUAUCUCCACUCCAUUGAUCAAUUUCCAAGUAUCUCAGCCUUUGAACCUGCCCAAGAAUGUUCGCAAGUGCGAGGUCGAACUCAUUCACCAUAUCUUUGCCAAUUCCUACUACCAACCAUCCAUAGUGCAAUACACUCCUCCGACCGAUUGUGGAGAGGUUGGGACAUGGGCAGGAGUCAGCUUGAACUGGACAGCAACUUCCAAUGGAACUCAAUAUGAUCGCCUCGCUGGGGUGACACUGCACAAUGUCGAAAUUUGGAGAACCUCUACUUCUGAGCCAACGCCGCGUGGCAUCAUCUGGACGACUCUAAAGGAUGUGACACAGUAUAUACCGCUAUUCGCCAAACCAGGCAAAAUGAUAGUGGAUCUAAAUAAUAUUGUCGACCCUGGCUCUGGCCUCACGGGCGAAUUCGAUGUUCGACUUACGGCAACAUUCUAUCAGUCCGACUGGGUACAUCCUGCCGCAACUGUGCCCGACUUGAUCAUUCCACUAAGCACUCUCGUCUCUGAUCAGUCCAACGUCUUCAGUGUACCUCCUGCAGGAAAUACGACGAUCAUCCUGCCUCCGAACACCGUUUCUGCUGUUGUCGAGAUUCAGGCAAGUGGUAACUCUCAAGAGGAGUUCUGGUAUUACAAUGUUCCCGACGAGUACAUGUCCUAUCUUCCACCGGAUACAACCUACGGGAAAAGUUCGUUCCGUGAAGUGCGCGUCCUUGUAGACGGAGUGAUCGCUGGCAUCGCAUUCCCCUAUCCGGUCCUUUUCACGGGAGCUAUGGUUCCGACCAUUUGGCGGCCUAUCGUGGCGUAUGGUGCCUACGACUCUCCCACCUAUACGGUUGAUAUAAGUCCAUUUAUUCCUCUCCUAGCAGACGGACGACCACAUAUUAUAUCCCUUGCAGUGGUUUCAGACGAACCGGAUCUGAAAAUCAACAGCAAUUGGUAUCUCAGCGGCAAUAUCAAGGUCGCUCUAGAUACUUCAGGGAAACCGACCACUGGAAAUAUAACCCGAUAUGAUGCACCCUCUGAAGAUAGCAGACGUUCGGUCCAGGUACUGAACGACAGUUCAUUCAACUUCACAGUCUCCGUCAGGCGCUCGCUCUCCAUAGAAGCUAGACUUGUUUCCGGGUCCGGAAAGAAGAUCGACGUCUCUUGGAAGCAAAACCUACAGUUCAACAACGUACAGUCGUAUUUAAACGGCGCUUCGACGAUGUUAGUGUCACAGACAACAACGGGCCACAGUCUCAGCACCCACAAUCUGAUACCUGUGCUCGUCGAUUCUCUAGACUUCCCAUUAUCUAUCGAUUUCAGAACGGUUGCGGAUGAGAAGGGAUCUGGGUUUAGAGCGAUUUUCGACCACAAGUACAAUCGGCAAUACCUGCCGUCGCAUUGGGAGGUAUUUACCAAUAUUCGUUCAGCCCAGCAUGCCAACGGAACCUACAUAACCUCGCCCAACCCUGGUUUCAAUCGGACGGCCAAUGGAACAAACAUUAACGAAUUUAGUUAUCUGGAUGCCAAAUUAAAUUCAUAUUCUAGAUCGGUGGAAGUCACAAACAAUACGAUAACCAGGGACAAAGAAGGCGGAUCAUUGACAUGGAAUUUCUGGCCACUUGUUGGAGAACCGUGGACCUCGACAUCCUUGUUGGGUGGACUGCUGCAGCAGGAUGCUGCUCACCUCCCAGCGCGUGCGCCGGCUCGUCACAUGGGUCCUUUCAAUACGCCUUGA